GCUAAUCGACGUCGGUUUCCUGCGUCACUAUAAAACGAGGUAUCCUUCUCUGCGCUCUUUCCCUGUUCCCUUCAGCCGUCGUCGAAUCGCUAAUCUUAGUCCCAUAAAUGGUGCCCUGCGAGCAAGUCCGCCGCGCCCCGGCUGCUCAGGUCCUUCCUUGGUCCCUCUCCGACCACCAUGUCUCUGCGAUGCAGCCCUACAUAGGGCUCCCUGUCACUGGCGUCGCUGGCCUUUCCGGCGAUCUGCCCCCUCACCUCCUUGGCGAGGUCGCACUCGCACUCCAGCUCUUCAUCCCCUGCGACGAAGACUCCUCCCCUGACUUCUCGGCGGCCGACGUGUUCGGCUGCGACGAUUUCCAUAUGUACGAGUUCAAGGUCCGGCGGUGCCCCAGCAGGCGGUCGCACGACUGGACCAAGUGCCCCUACGCUCACUCGGGCGAGAAGGCCCUUCGUCGCGACCCGCGGAGGUUCCAUUACACCGGCACCCCCUGCCCUGACUUUCGCCGAGGCGGAGGUUGUCGCCGCGGCGAGGACUGCGAGUACGCCCAUGGCGUGUUCGAGACCUGGCUCCACCCGUCGCGUUACCGGACGCGACCCUGCAAGGACGGCGCCGCGUGCCUCCGCCGCGUUUGCUUCUUCGCACACUCCCAGGAGCAGCUUCGCAUCGUCCUGCCCACGAGUCCCACAUCGCCUGGCAAGGGUGACGCCGUAACUCUGCUGUCUGCGUCUCCGAAAUCUACUUUGGCGCCUCUCCCCAUGUCGCCACGGUCUGAUGGCUCUUCGCCGCCCAUGUCGCCCAUGGCGAUGGACGAGGUGAUGGGGGCGAUGACCAAGCUGAGGCUGAGCAAUCUGAGAUCUGUGACGCAGUUUGGAACGAGGAGAAGGGCGCCGAGGUUCUCAGCAUUCCCUGCGAGGACUCUUCCCGCGGCAGAAACCCGAGACGUAGCAGAGGAAGCAGUAGGAGCUCCUUGGCGUUUGACGGAGAAGCUUCUUGAGUGCCGGAGGAGGCAGGAGGAGGAGGAAGCAGCGGAGACGGUGCCGGACUUGGGAUGGGUAUCAGAACUGGUAAAGGAUUGAAGAAUCAAGUUCUGCAUUGACGACGUCGUCGAUUGGUUCAUAAAUAAAGCAGAGGAGAUUGUGAAUAUUUUGAAUCUGGACAUUUUUGGGGUUGAAAAAAACCCUUUUUUUAAGGAACUAUGAAACAACAAUGAUCUGUUACUCCAUGUAAACAAGUUCUCUAAACCUGAAGUAUCUAUCAACUCUUUGCUGUAAAGAGUUCUUCGAUCA